AUGAUCAUAAAUAAGACAACCUUGUGGACGGACUCUCAGGUAGCUCUCACAUGGAUCAAAGCUCAUCCAUCAAGAUUGAAAGAUUACUAUGUGCCUAGCACAUCAAACUCAACUUACUGUGCAUCGCGUGGGAUAACCACAGAUCAGCUGGAAAAGCACUCUCUAUGGUGGACGGGACCACCAUGGCUCACUCAAUCAGUGGUAUCAUGGCCAGCUCAGAUCGAUACAACUCCUGAUGACUCAUGUGCAGAAGAAGCUCGUGCUCGUGUUGCACAUCACGCGGUACGAUCUUCUCCGAGUUAUCAUUGGGAUCUCAUUCAUCGAUACUCAUCGCUCAACAGGUUGCUYCGAGUUACAGCUCUCUGCAAUAGAUUUCUCAAGAGGCUCUCAGGAGAGCUUGACUCGACACCAGCAGCCUGUAUCUCAGCUAAAAGCAUGGAAGACUCACGACUCUUUUGGGUCAAGGCCACUCAAUCGGCGUACUACUCAGAAGAAAUCUCAGUGCUCUCAAGACGAUCUCAGCUGCCAAGUUCGCACCCACUCUCUAGACUCACCGUAUUCAUUGACGCCGGCGGUGUGCUCAGGGUGGGCGGUCGCCUCUCAAAGUCCGAACUCAUGUACGAGGCAAAACAUCCAGCUAUUCUCCCCCGUAGCUCCAGGCUCUCAGAACUCAUCAUCGCCCAUGCUCACAAGAAAACGAUGCAUGGAGGCACUCAGUCGACUCUGGCACUCAUCAGACAACUCUACUGGAUCUUCGGAGGAAGAGCUCCAGUGAAGUCAUAUGUUCUCAGGUGUGUGGUGUGUGCUCGUUACAGGGGGAUCCGUGCUCAGCAACUGAUGGGCCAACUACCUCUGGCGCGAGUCACUCCAUCACGCCCGUUUUCUCACACAGGCAUUGACUACGCUGGACCGCUCACGCUCAAGACUUGGAAGGGACGUGGCUCCAAGACUCAUAAGGGUUGGAUCUGUGUAUUUGUCUGUCUAUCAACUUCGGCMGCUCAUCUCGAUGUCGUUUCAGAUUACUCAGCAGAGGGUUUCAUUGCAACGUACAGACGCUUCACCUCAAGACGGGGUGUCCCGUCAGACAUUUACGCUGAUGUGGCACUAACUUCUUGGGCGCUGAAGUUAAGCUCAAGCAAUGUUUCUCAGAGAGCUCUUCAGGACAUCGGGAGAUCUCUUCUCUGCUAG